UAAGGUCUGUGGUAUAAGUUUGUCAAAUGCAUUGUUCGUUUAAGUUGCUUGUGUUCAAAGCCAUACUCUACAGAAAUGGAACAAAGGUGGAGCCUUCAGGGCAAGACAGCUCUUGUAACCGGUGGAGCAAGAGGGCUAGGGCAUGCCAUAGUGGAGGAACUAGCUGGGUUGGGGGCGAUAGUCCACACGUGCGACAAUUCCGAAUCUCAUCUAAACCAAAGUUUACGCGAAUGGAGAGAGAAGGGCCUUCAAGUGAGUGGAUCAGUCUGUGAUGUAUCAUCUCGACUCGCGAGAGAGAAGCUGAUGCAGACCGUCUCCUCUCUAUUCGGUGGCAAACUCGACAUUCUAAUAAACAACGUCGGAAUAUACGUGGGAAAGCCAACAAUAGAAAUGACAGCAGAAGAUUUCUCAUGUCAGAUGGCUACGAAUUUCGAGUCGGCUUACCAUCUCUGCCAGCUCGCUCAUCCUCUCUUGAAGGCUUCAGGCUAUGGAAGCAUCGUCUUCAACUCUUCUAUCGGUGGCGUUGUGUCGUGUAUUCUUGGAUCCAUCUAUGGUGCAACAAAAGGGGCCAUGAACCAGUUGGCAAAAAAUCUAGCAUGCGAAUGGGCAGUGGACAACAUAAGAUCAAAUUCAGUCGCUCCUGGCCUCGUUGCAACCCCUAUGAGUGAUCCGUUUCUGGAUGACGACAAAUUCACGAAGAUUGUGCGCUCAAGAACUCCAUUAGGCCGUCUUGGAGAGCCAAAGGAGAUCUCAUCGCUAGUGGCGUUCCUGUGUAUGCCGACGGCUUCUUACAUAACUGGCCAGACCAUUUGUGUUGAUGGAGGUCUCACCAUCAAUGGCUUCUCCUACCAUCCGACGGAAUAAAUCCCAUUUCAUUCUUCUUCGAAUAACAAUAUGAUUAUGUAAUAUUUGGAUAUAUAACUGAUGUGAUGUAUGAACCGAGUUAUGUAUUCCUGUGCAUGGAUGAAGAAUACUUUUGUUAUUAUUUA